AUGUGUGGAAAACUCGAUGCAAUAGUAAAUUUAAGGUCAAAGAGUUGCACGUGCAAAGUUUUUCAUAUUGAGAAACUUCCAUGUAUCCAUGCAAUAGCAGCAGCAGGAAAGGCACAACCCCAAAAUACUGGGGAACUCUUAUAUUCUAUGUGUUCACAGUACUACACAUCAGAAUAUUGGUUGUUAGCAUAUGCUGAAACUAUUUAUCCUGUACCUCCAAACUCACAAUGGACUGACAUUCCUGAAGAUAUUCUUGCAAUACAAGUGAUAGCACCUCCUGAAGACAAGACUAUAGGAAGACCAAGAACCAAUCGCAUAGCUUCCAAAGGUGAAUUUCUUAAGAAACAAUAUAAUUGUGGAGCAUGUGGAUAG